GAGUGGUAAACAGAUCCUCAGCGCUAGAUAUCAAAAAUUCCUACCCAAGAUGCGUGGAUUACUGUUUCUUUGCUUCGUUGUCUGUGUUUCUUCGGCCAAGUUGGGCUAUAACUACCAAGCUGCCGCCGUGGAUCGUCGUUUUGCCGGACUCAUAGAUGCGGAGGCCACAGGAUUCAGUUCCACGCAGCACCAGCAACAGCCACAGCAGCAGCAGCAGUUGCAGCAGGAGUCGCAACGGCAGAUUCCCGCUGCAGCGGAUGAGUUCAGCAAGGAGUUCUACACCUACGCCGCUCCGGAGGAUGAGUUUGCCGACCGGGAGGCCACCGAGCACAUUGCCAGCAUGCUGAAGAGGAACCUGCGAGUGCUGUUCAUCAAGUCGCCGGAGCACCAGGGUCUGACCAACGCCGCCCUCCAGCUGGCCAAGCAGGCCAGUGAGCAGCGGACGGCCAUCUAUGUGCUCAGCAAGCAGGCGGACGUGGGCCAGCUGGCCCAGCGCUUGGCCACCGAGAACCAGGCCCAGAACCACAAGCCCGAGGUGCACUUCGUCAAGUACCGCACUCCCGAGGACGCCGUGCGCGCCCAGCAGCUCAUCCAGCAGCAGUUCGACGCCCUGGGCGGCAGCUCCCGCAGCUCGGACGAGGGCGUGGCGCCGGUCCUGGACUUCAGCUCUGCACCAGCUGCCAUCAAUGUCCAGGAUCAGAACGAGGCUCAGAAUCAGGUCCAGGCUGUCACGCCGCUCAACAAAUAUUUGCCAGCGGCCCUGUUACGCAGCAAAUAG